GGGUGAGUCGCGCUCCGGAAGUAGUUGAGAAAGCCGAGGCGCCAGAGUCUUAAGAGUCGGCUGUGUUUGUUUCGGGUUCGUCGCCACGAUGGGGAAGCGACAGCACCAGAAAGACAAGAUGUACAUCACUUGUGCUGAGUACACGCACUUCUAUGGUGGCAGGAAGCCAGAUAUCACGCAGACAAGUUUUCGACGCUUACCUUUUGACCACUGCAGUCUCUCUCUGCAGCCUUUUGUCUACCCAGUCUGCACCCUGGAAGGUGUCAUCUUUGACUUGCUGAACAUUGUUCCAUGGCUUAAGAAGUAUGGGACCAACCCCAGCAAUGGAGAGAAACUUGACGGGAAGUCCUUGAUCAAGCUGAACUUUGCAAAGAACAGUGAAGGGCAGUACCACUGUCCAGUGCUGUACUCUGUGUUCACGGACAACACCCAUAUUGUGGCCAUCCGGACAACUGGCAAUGUCUACACUUAUGAGGCAGUGGAGCAGCUAAACAUCAAGGCCAAGAACUUGAGGGACCUGUUAACUGAUGAGCCCUUUUCCAGGCAAGACAUCAUCACCCUGCAGGACCCCACCAAUUUGGAUAAAUUCAAUGUUUCCAACUUCUUCCAUGUGAAGAACAACUUGAAAAUAAUAGAUCCAGAUGAGGAAAAGGCCAGACAAGACCCAUCUUACUAUCUGAAGAACACAAACGCUGAAACCCGGGAGACGCUCCAGGAGCUCUACAGAGAGUUCAAAGGAGAUGAGAUUCUAGCAGCCACCAUGAAGGCCCCUGAAAAGAGGAAGGUGGACCAGCUGAACGCCGCCCACUACUCCACAGGGAAGGUCAGUGCCUCAUUCACCUCUACUGCCAUGGUACCUGAGACCACGCAUGAAGCAGCUGUCAUCGAUGAAGAUGUCCUGCGCUACCAGUUUGUGAAGAAGAAGGGCUAUGUGAGGCUGCACACCAACAAGGGCGACCUUAACCUAGAGCUGCACUGUGACCUGACACCAAAAACCUGUGAAAACUUCAUCAAGCUCUGCAAGAAACAGUAUUAUGAUGGUACCAUCUUUCACAGGUCCAUCAGGAACUUCGUGAUCCAGGGUGGUGACCCCACAGGUACAGGCACAGGCGGAGAGUCGUGCUGGGGCAAGCCUUUCAAAGACGAGUUCCGCCCCAACCUUUCACACACAGGCCGUGGGGUGCUCAGCAUGGCCAACUCGGGGCCCAACACCAACAAGUCUCAAUUCUUUAUCACGUUCCGUUCCUGUGCUUACCUGGAUAAGAAGCAUACCAUCUUUGGACGGGUUGUUGGGGGUUUUGACACACUGACAGCUAUGGAGAAUGUGGAGAGUGACCCUAAAACUGACCGUCCUAAGGAGGAAGUGCGUAUAUGUGCAACCACAGUGUUUGUGGACCCCUAUGAGGAGGCCGAUGCCCAGAUUGCCCAGGAACGGAAGAAGACACAGCAGCAAGUAGAUCCAGAAGCCAAGGCCAAGACGAGCCAGCCCCAGCCUGGGAGCCAGGGCCCACAGACAUACCGCCAGGGGGUGGGCAAGUACAUCAGCCCCACUGCCACGAAACGAGCAGCUGAGGAAGAACCGUCAACCAGCACUGCUCUGCCUGCGGCCAAGAAGAGGCCCAGCCGGGGCUUUGGGGACUUCAGCUCCUGGUAGCAGCAGGCUGUGG